AUGGAUCUAGAAGAAGGAUUACAAGAAACAAAUGCUACUUUCAAUGAACCUAAGACGAUCUGGGAUCAAGAUAAAGAACACAUCAACGAAACAGGAUCUGAUGGCGCUAACUACUUUCCUUUAGUCACGGCCAUGGUUAAUGACCAGGCUGGACCCGAUACUUUGGUCAUGUCUACCUCUAAGUUCCGCUUUUUAUGGCCUUAUUCGGUUAAUCAUAAAUAUUGUUGCAUCUAUAGAGUGCCAUGCCGAUUACGAAAUGUGAGACCAGAUGCUUACACUCCUCAAAUGCUUCUCAUCGGUCCUCUUUCUAAGAAACCUCAAAUCAUGGAGCUCUCCAAAAACGAUUCGAGGCAUUUGGAAUAUGAGAAGAUGGAGCAGCACAAGAAGAAGUACCUUGAGAAUUUUGCACUUAUGUAUGGGAAUCAAACAGUUGAGGAGUUCAUAAGAAUCAUCGUAAGAGAUGAGAAAAUCGUAAGAGCAUGCUAUGCAGAAUCAACAGACUGGAUAAGCUCUGAAGACUUCGUUGAAAUGAUGCUCGUCGACUCGGUGUUCAUACUAGUGUUUUUAAAGCAGACCGGACGUAGAUACAUCGACAAAACAGGAGACUUUCUUUUCGACGAGUCUUGCCACCGAGACACUAUCUUUGAAGACCUACUCUUGCUCGAGAACCAACUUCCAUUUUCCCUUUUGGAAAACCUCUUUGGACCCUUCUUCAUAAAGUUUGGAAAUAACUUGACGUUCCGUGACUUUAUCCUUGGAAAUUUUGGCUUUAAAAAUAAGAUCAAACAAGAAGUGAAUUUCCUUCAUAUUACAGAUAUGUUUCGGUGUGUCCGUGUCGAGAAACUUGGUCUGACAAAAGAAGAUCAGAUUAACGAACAACGUACGAAGAAAUUCCUGAUAAAAAAUCUUCACAACGCAGACGAGCUAGACAGUGCAGGAGUUGAUAUUGUAUGGAAUAAAGUAGAGAGGGGCACAUCGUUCGAACGUGGUGUUUUGAAAAUGCCUUGCUUCACAGCACGUGGUUACACGGAAAGGUUGUGGAGGAACAUAAUGGCACUAGAGCAGUGUCAUUAUACUUACGCAGCCUAUGUUUGUCACUACAUCGCUUUCUUGGGCUUCCUCAUCGACACCGAGCAAGACGUUGAAUUACUCGUCAACAAAGGGGUUAUAAAGAAUUUGUUGGGACAUUCCGAAUCGGUGGUGGAAAUGGUGAACAAGAUGUGCUUAGGGCUCGCUGAUAAUGGCUCUUACUAUUACGAUAUAGCCGAGAGACUUAACAAAUACUACGACAACCGUCUCAACAGAUCCCUCGCAACUCUCCGGCGAGUCUACUUCAAAGACCUUUGGACUGGAACUGCCACCAUCGCAGCAGUUAUAAUUCUGGUCUUGACUUUGAUUGGGACGGUGACUUCCGUUCUCCAAGUGACUCAGGACGACAGUGAUCCCACUAAGUUACUGCUUCCACCCCCUCCUUCCCGGGACUUGUAG